AUGGACAGUCUAACAUUGAAGCUACUCACAAAGGAGACGCGACGUCGCAGAGAGAACAAGCUACAAAGCGCGCCAAGUGACCUCCAACACAGCCUCGAAACCAAAUUCACAUCCCUUGCAGAAGAACGGAUAGUCAGCGAGUACAGCAAGUUCCUAUCGAUUGACUGCACGCAACAUCUUAGUCGCUUUGACCACGCCGACCUGUCCAGACCAGACGACUGGGCAAACGUAGCCAGCGUGCUUGUCGGAGAAAGCGAGAUUCUCGAAAAGGACCAAGGCCAUUACUGGCUCGACUCCGAACGUUUUCCUAUCAAAAGAAGGGCAGAGUACCCAUGGAUGGACAUUAUUGUGAAAGCCGCCCCCAAGCUGUCCUGCCCUCCUCAAAUCAUCGUCUGUCAGAUAAAAGCCUAUGCCGACAAUAUCACGCAGAAUCGCCGCCUCCAAGAAUGGAUUGACAUAGCCCGUUGGAGUUUACUGGCGAAGACCAUGGCUCACGAUUGGGACACUUUGAACACGGCCUUGAAUAGAGACGUCAAAGUCACGGAGGAGCUCACGAUUUGCGAUCUUGUCAACCGGGCGCAGAAGGAAUGGCUGAAUGAGAUUUUAUCAGCGGGCCUGUUGGAAAGCGAUUCACGAGUUACGAGUUGA